AGACACCAGUCAGGACCACACCAUCACUGAUUUGCUGGCAGGCUUGGAAGACGAUGGUUUUCACAGGACACCUGUCAGGCAGGACUCCAAGUCCCAGUCAUAUCCCGGUGCCAGAAGCUACCAGUGUAACAGUGAUGAUGAGGAAGCAGGACCAGAGCUGGACAAGGAGGAGGCAGAGCUCAGUAUGAUCAUGUCACAGCAGUGGGACAAGGAGCCUCCUGACAGCUCAGCUCAGAGGUCUGGGCUGAAGGAGGCAGAGGACACCUUCAGUGAUGAGCAUCAGUCCUCUGAUGAAGACAUGGAGUGGAGAGGGAACAAUCCUCUGUUUGCCAACCUCUCCAUCCCUCAGCUUGAUGGCGCAGCGGACGAGAGUAGUGAUUCCUCCUUAACUGACACCGGCUCCAUGUCCCAGUCCUCGCUCACAAUUACAGAACAGUUGUUGGGAAAGACAAAUCCCUUCACAGGGGAGGGAGUCCACUUGGAGCCACCUUCUUCGGCUAAGACUCUUCUAGAGUACAAGCAUCUUGAGCACAGACCGGUUCAUAUGUUGGACUCAGAUGAACCUCGUGAGGAGCACUUUCAGUCAAAAGGCAGCCAAGACCACAGCAGUGAAUGUUCAGCAGGGUUUAAUGUUAAUAAAGAAAUCCCUUACAUUUUACCUGUCAAAUACCCAAUUCCUUGCAAAAUAGCCAGUCACCCUGAGGCGUCUCCCAUCUGCAUGGAUAAAGAGGACAUGCAACCCCUGUACACCUAUGAUAACAAAACCUCUCUUUCCUUGGAUAAGACCGAGCUCCAAGUUUUCCAGUUUGCCAACAGAAAGGUCACCAAGAACAGGAAGCUGUAUGAUAGCAUAAAGAAUGUAGAAACAAACUGUCUCUCCAUUUUUCAGAACCAGAGCACCUUUUCCCUUUGUUACUCAAGCCGAAAAAGCUGCUCAGCUGAGGCAGAGGUGCAAUUAAACACAGAGAAUAGGAAAAGCCCUAUCAGAAGGAACGUCACUUCGGUGUCACCACUCACAACAGAGGAUGGCUUUCUUGAUCCACGAGUGGAAGAACUGUCCCAGGAAAGUGAGGAAGGAGAUGUCGGUGAACUUAAAAUUAGAUAUGAAGACUAUCAGGAGAAUAAAACAGAGAGGACUGUUGUGGCUCAGCAGGAGGCACACUACAAGUUUUUCCCCAGUGUCAUUCUCUCCAACUGCCUUAACAAAAAGAAAACUGGGAAUAAAAGGCUGGUUGAGCCUUGCAGUGAUCUAGACCUGUCCCCAUCUUGUACAUCAAAGCUUAAAGUUCAAAAAAACCGGCUAGGAAUAGCAGGACAAAGGACCAAAGCAAAAACUGUUCAAAGCUCUACAUCUGACGAUCCAGCUGACACUAACUUGGACUCCAUGACACCUUCUUUUCUACUAAAAGUGACCUCAGCAACACCAGUUUUAAAGGAUCAACCCAUAAAAAAGACAGAGCCAAUUGGAGAAGAGCCAAACAGUGACAUGAAAACAAUUAUAAAAGAGGAAUUAGAGAAGAAAACUGGUAUUGGCCAGGCAGAAUCGGUUGCAGAGUUUGUCAUCCCCAAUACUGCCAGUGUUCAGUCUCUUUCUGAAGAGGCUAAAGACUCAGCUGAGGAUAAGCUGAGCCUUGUACAUAAUUUAUCUGCUAACAUGAACUGCUCCAAACCAUCAGAACUGCCUGUUAGCAAAUAUACCCUGAGGGCCAAACGAAAGAGGAAGUUUGGUAAAGAGGAAAAAAAACAACCCAGUCAUUUUAAAAACCCAAGCUCUGUUAGAAGACUCGAGGACAACCUUGCUCCCGCCGGGCAACAUUUAAAAUACCAGAGAAGAUGCAAGAAGGAGCCUCCCAUCAUUAUCAAAUACAUCAUUGUCAACAGGUUCAAAGGACAAAAAAACAUGUUGGUGAAGAUGUCCAAAGUGGAUGCAGAGGAGCAGCAGGUGUUGUUGACACCAAACAAAUUAGAGAAGUAUGAUAGAUUAGCGCCUCUUAAAGAUUUUUGGCCCAAGAUGCCAGAGUCCGCCAUUGUCAAAUUACCUAUUCAUGAGCCCAAAGCCAAGAAACACCCCCUAAAAAAGUCAAAAGUCAACAGCACAAAUAAGAAUGUGAUCAACAACUCCCCCAAACCUCGUUCCAGAUGUCGUGCGAAGAUCAAGAGAACUAAAAGCUGCCAGAGAGGUCUGUUCCUGCCUUCCCUACCCCCUCCUCGUCCAUGCUACUGUGAACUUGCAGAUGACCAUGACAAUGAGUACACAGAUGUCAUGAUAGAACUGGGCUAUCUUUCUGAUUGUUCCCCAAGACCCACAGAAUCGACACCUCCACGUUGUUGGUCCCCAAGUGACCCCUUAAUGAACAGCAGCUGUUCAGAGCAGCUGACAAACCCACUGAGUGACAACCCCUGUCUUAGUUCGGCUUACCACAAGCCACACACAAAGCAUCUGACCAAAAGAGUCCAAAGUAAGGCUCAAACUUCCAAACCUAAAAAGUCCACAGACAAAAGAAAAGUAAGCAAGUCUGCUGCUAAGCUUUCAGGAGCAGAAAAGCACACAAUAAAGAAAUCAAAAAGUAGUGCCACAUCUGAGAGAUGGAGGAAGAAAGCUAAAGAUGUGCCUGAAAGUCCUUCAACUGCUCCAAAGCCCAGGAAGUCUUGGAAAAAGAAAGCUGCAUGUGAUAACCUAAUUAAAGGCACCUCUCAGCUCUUAUUUUCUGAAGACCGGUCACCUCCAUCCUCUGAAGGAGUCUCUCCAUUUCCGCAGCCAGUAAACAUAGGCAGCAGCACACAGGGCUGGUCUCAGACAGUAAUGCAGUUAGAAUCAAAUAUUGAGGACUGUGAAACUUCCAUCAUGGAUGUUAACCAAAGCUUUUUAGCAUUAGCUGCUAUGAAGCAACAAGGUUGCCAGACUGCUUUGGUAAAGGUAGAAUCUUCUCAGGGUGACUGCACUGUUCAUCAACCUCCGGAUGCUGGUCAACCCGCACAAGAACACUGCAAACAUGCCCAGCUAGGAGGCAUAUCUCCAUGCUCAGGUCUUAAGAAUGGGAAGGUGGCCUUGCUCUCUGAAACAUCCUCUGGCCUGACUGUCCUCAAACAGCUCCUUCAGAAGAGACGGCAAGGACAGGCCCUUCCCAUUCAAGUGGUUGGAUCAGUCAGCCAGGGUGCAACACUACUAAGCUUGUCAGCUAAACAGACUAAAUCUAUUAAAAAAAACUUCACUGACCCUCCAAAACCCAGGACCCCAAAGUGUUUUGCUGCCAAGGACAAAAAACCCAGAACCCAUAAAAACAGAACUAGCAGUACUCAGCCAAAUCUUUCAGUGAAGCAGGAUGGCAACUUGUCUGAUGACUGUCCCCUUUUUCUGUCUGACCAUGGGUUGGACAGCUGCAACUUUGAGAACAGCUUGUCACCAGAGCUCCCAUACAGCUAUACCUUUGACAUAAACACUGUGCAUCAGACGGAGUUCUCCAGUCCAUACAGUGGCAGUCAAUUUGUUGUGACUGAUAAAAAUGUACCGCUUAAGUUUCUCAGUGAUAUCGGUCAGGAAGCACAGGCCUCAGAGGAUCUUUCUCAGAACCAAACAGGUCAUCAGAUUUCCUGCCAGAGAGACUCUGAUCUUAAAGCCAGGUUUACCAGCCCUGAACUUUUUGACGGAUCUGAGAACAGAGAGUCUGCUUCAAACCAUGCACUGUCUGACUCUGAAAAAAUCAAGAGCCGAAAGUGGGACCUCUCUUACAGUAAACCCCAUUUCCCCAGCCCCUUUCAGGACUUCCACAGUGAGAGGAAAGCAUUUCUGUUGUCAGCUUUUGACCCUGUGAUACAAUUGCCUUUAAGCCCUGCGUCAUUUGUCGAUCAUGUGUGCUCACCGACCAGCGAGCUUCCAGAGAGCAUUGAUGGGCUGACAUCCACAACACCCAGUAGCUCUCCUCACUCUAUCUCUUCGCUGUCGCAUGCGAGGGCGAGUCAGCUACAGCGGGGAGCAGGAGGAGGUGGAGCCCGCAUUCUCAAGCCUCUCAUGUCUCCUCCAAGUCAGGAGGAGAUCCUAAGUACUCUGAUGGACUUGGACAUGUCUGAGGCCACCUUGCAGGAGCCCUUCUGCAGCGAUCCAUCCGACGCGCCAAGCAAGCCAAUGGAGGUUGGCGGACGUAAGCUCACAGUCAGGACCAGAUUAGUUAAGGAGCUUGCAGAGUUCAGUGGAGUGCUGUCUUUGGGGGGCCUCUGUCUCUGGAAGACUGCCUUCUCAGCCAUGGCACACCCUGCCAUCAACGUUAUCUCAUCUUCUCAAAGAACACACACGAAUGAAGAAGAGACAGAGCUCAGUCCAUCCAGAAGAGACAAAAAGAUCAUCCUCCUUCCCUGCAAAGCCCCUCCGAGCUGUGAGCAUGUGCAGCUGUGGCUGGAAGCCAGGAAGCGAUAUGAAAGUCUGCUGAAAGGGAAGGGCAGGGCUAUGAUUGAUGUAAAAGAGGGGAACCCAGAGGUAGUCGAGCCAUUAGGUACUUCCUGCUGCCUUGCAGUGAAUGUUGAGUGUUGUGAGAACCUGUCCAGUAUCAGAAGUCACAGCAAAAAGAAACCCAACCUUUCCUUAAUCCUCUCUCCUCUGAUGAAGACAGGCCCACUGUGUAACAUGAGUCCACUUUCAGACAAGACUCUUGUAGGUCUUGAGCAUGAGGAUAAAGAAGAUUGUAAUUAUCCUAAAAUGUCCUCCCCAGAAUCUCCAGAGCUGCCCUCGUGGCAGCAGUCUCAUCAGCCAAGCUCCUCAGAACCAGACAGUCUAAGCAAGGACAAGCCAAGUGAAAGCCCACCUCUAUCCCCCAUGCUCUCUAUCUCACAGGAGAGAGUCGGAAGGAACCACUCUCCCUCUCUCUUCCAUGGCAGUGUCAUGGACGAGCGUGGGACAAGUCCACACCUGCUGCACAGCACCCCUUAUUUAAAGAAGAGGCGAAGAAGUAAGGAAGACCUGGAGCUAGAGUGCUGCUCGCCCAUAAGUGAGGAGGAUUCUGCUUCUCUGAGACGCCACCAAGAAAGAAGGAAUCUGGCUGAGCCUUUGAGAAGAGUAUUACUCGGUACUCAGAUCAAGAACCAGUUUGCUGCUUUAACUAUGCCAAAGAAAGAGCAUUCCCAGAUUGAGGGGCCCAGUAUAGCCAACUCAUAUGGCUUCAAGGUCAGCAUGCAGAAUUUGCAGGAUGCCAAGGCCCUGCAUGAGGUGAGCAGCUCCUCGGGUCUCAUGCAGACCUGCAGCUUCUGCUCAGGUCCAUCUAUGUGGGUGACUUAUUACAAGAGCUUAGAUAUGAUCUGA